AUGGCACGUCGGGUGGCGAAUCUACAGACCAUCACACAACGGUUCGUGUUCUCUACGGAAACCGGUGUUUUCACUACUUUGAGGGAAAACAAUACGAUAACCCUUGCUUCCCGGUGGUUGUCCUAUCUGUCUGACCAGCUGCUGUCAUGGCCUAGCGGUCUGGACUUGCCAUGUCUGAGAAUGCCAAGCUUGCACCGGUCGGCGGUUCAAGCUGAGGAAGUCCAGUUUCUCACUGACAGCAGCCUCCUCACGAUCCAGCAGUCAAUGCGAAUCUUGCAGUUGAAAAUGUCCGUCAUCUUCACAUAA